AUGGGUGACCGCCUGGCCAUCGCCAUCAUCGAGGACGCGGAGCAGCGGGGCGAGCUCAAGCCGGGAGGCACCGUCAUUGAGGCAACCAGCGGCAACACGGGCAUCGCGCUGGCCAUGGUGUGCGCGCAGCGGGGCUACAACUUUGUCUCCACGAUGGCCGCCUCCUUCUCCGUGGAGCGCCGAAAGGUGAUGCGCAUGAUGGGCGCCAAGGUGGUGGUGACACCAGCACCUCUUGGUGGCACUGGUAUGGUGCUGAAAGCAGAGGAGCUUGCGGAGAAGCACGGAUGGUACCUGGCCCGGCAGUUCGAGAAUGAGGCCAAUCCUGCCUACCACGCCAAGACCACGGGGCCGGAGAUCUUGAGGGACUUCGAGGGCAAGAAGUUGGACUACUGGGUCACAGGCUAUGGUACUGGUGGAACCUUCCAGGGUGCUGGCAAGGUGCUGAAAGAGGCCCGGCCCGACAUCAAGAUCAUCCUCUCAGAGCCCAAGGGCGCCGCGCUGAUCACCAGUGGCAUCAAGCAGGAGAGGAAGGAGGUCCUGGGCAAAUUCGGUGCUCCGGCCAAGGGUCACCCGGCCUGGAAUCCUCAUCCGAUCCAGGGCUGGACUCCCAACUUCAUCCCCAAGGUCACGGAGGACGGACUGGACUUGAACAUCCAUGACGAGAUCCUGGUGGUGGACCCUCAGCAGGCCAUGAAGACCUCCAUGGAGCUGGCCAGGCUCGAGGGCAUCUUCUGCGGCACCUCCGGGGGUGCCACGGUGGCCACGGCCCUGGAGGUGGCCAGCAAAGCGCCUGCGGGCAGCACUUUGCUGGCGAUGGUCCCUGACACCGCAGAGCGCUAUCUGUCCACGCCCCUCUUCGGCGAGAUUGACGCGGAGAUGAACGAGGCGGAGCUGGAGCUCUCCAAGUCGACUCCCAGCGCGCAGUGA